GGCCCCCUGCUUGACUACUCCUGCCUGUAUCCGUCUGUCUCCUCUCACGACCCUUCCGCUCAAACCCAUAAUUCCCAGCGUCGACACAACAUGGAAGAGGCCAACAGCUGCAAGAGAACAAUGUUUUGGCUGUAAAGUAACGUAACUCAAAGAAUCGAGCGUCGGGAUUUGAAUGCUACGAGUCGGCUGUGGUCAUGUACAACAUAUUUCAUCAAUGAACUUUGGCCUGUUGAAGACCCAAGCAUGAGUAUUAUCCAAGACAAGCUAGGCAAUGAGUUUUUACGGAACGGAGUCAUGGACCCCAACUUUACUCCCAGCAUGAUCAUGUUCAGCCAUUUACCUCCAGUGACCAGCUUCACGCGCCUGACUUCGCAAACCUCCAUGUCGGAUCUGCCCCAAGAGAUGAUCCUGAAGAAGGAGCGUGACUCUCCUGACCAAGGUGGUGGCUUUAUCCACAGUAUGGGUAUCAAACAGGAGAAGCUCAGUGAUUUGGAUUACCGCCUCCCAAUGUAUGCAACAGUAACUGGAACAGCAGGAGGAAAAAGCACUGAUAUGUUGGACAUGUCGCUCAGCAACCACCAGAAUAUGCUUUUGCAUGACCUAAGCCUUAGUAACCAGUUCUCUGGAAGACUGGGGAAAGACCCAAAAGAAUCUGGGCCUAGAAGAGGGAGGAGAGCAAAUGGAGAAGGACCAGAUGGCAAAGCCAGAAGGAAACAAGGAGAUUCUGCAAAGUCGCUCAUGCUGGAUGGUGAUGCUGGGCCCCUCUCUCCCAACUCUAAACCGCAUAUAUGCGAGCACUGCAAUGCAGCCUUCCGCAGUUCAUAUCAUCUACGUAGACAUGUGCUUAUUCACACAGGUGAGAGGCCUUUCAGGUGCAGCCAGUGUAAUAUGAGCUUCAUACAGAAGUAUUUGCUGCAACGGCAUGAGAAAAUACAUAGUGGGGAGAAACCAUUCAGCUGUGACCAGUGCAACAUGCGUUUUAUUCAGAAGUACCACAUGGAGAGACACAAAAGGACGCACAGUGGAGAAAAGCCAUAUAAAUGUGACACCUGUCUACAGUAUUUCUCACGUACGGAUCGAUUACUGAAGCACAAGAGAACCUGUGGAGAAGCCAUAAAGAAAGGUCUGGAUCCAGGGAUGCUGGACCUUGAUGAUGAGGACAUGGGUCAAGGCAGCUACCUACUCACUCAGGGAAACACUAGCGCCCCACCACGCAAGAGGGGUAAGUCCAAAAGUAGCAAUGAUGGAGGAGAGCGAAGAAGGAAGAAAGGAGCAGCUGCGGGAGGAGGAGUGCAGAUGGCACAAGGACUCAGCCCACAAGACUAUGCCUUGGACAUCCCCAGCGGAUCGGGGGCAUCUUCUUCAGGGGCUCUGGAUAAGAAAAGCAUGGACAACCAGCAUGGACACACACCCAAGCUUGUCUUAAAGAAAGGUGGCCGCAAGGGAAAUGACAAGGUUGCAGUUUCUAUGGAGGAGGCCAACCACGAUCAGAAGCUGCUGAUGCAGAAGCCAGGCUCUAUGGACAUGUCUGGAGCCGGAAAUAUGGAUAAUCUCAGCCUCCUACAAACCUCCAGUGGAACCAAACAAGGAGGUACCAGCAGCAAUUAUGAUGAUGCCAUGCAGUUUUUGAAAAAGAGACGGUACCUGCAUGCUGCUAACAGUGCAGCUGACUUCAGCUCUGUCCACCUUCCACAGCCAACAGUAAUCCAGGGUGGCAUAGGAGAACCUACACUGGCCUUGCUUGACACCUCGCCUUUGGUAAGCGUUGACAAGCAUGACAAAUCAGGGAUCCCAGAUGAGGUGCUGCAGAGCCUGCUGGACCACUACAGCCAAAAAUCUGAUGGCUCUCACCAUGAUGUGACAUUCGAUCUGCAAGAUUCGCACCACGUUGAAUUGCAGCCUGCCUCUGCCACCUCUGAAUUGGGUCAGGAUGAGGGAUCUCUGGGGUCUGGAGACAAGAAUGGGGUGAUGAAUGAGUACUCCAAAUUCUUGCUUCAAACCCUGGAGAGGACCAGCCAUAGCAGCAACUUUAUUUUGGGCCCAUCUGGACCCUUCCCAAGUCUCUUGUCGUCUAGCAGCAGCCCUGCUAAUACACUCUUCCAAGAUAAAAACAUCUACACCACCUCACCACUGGAGUGUGGAUAUGGACAGCCUGUUUCUUCCCCUCUUGCACCUUCCUCUUCGACAUCCCUAAGCAAAUCCCAUUUUGGAAUGCUGGUAGGUUCUCCGUCGCCUUCCCAUGCCUCACCAUCCUCUCAACAGGCCUUUCAUCUUAGCAGUCUGGAGCCAGCCCCUCACCAGCAGCUUACCCCAUCUCAAGAGCUCACCGAACAGCUGGAGAAACAGCACUCGCCGCCAUACCCUCUCUCAACUCAGGAGCUGACCAGUGGUGGCCAGAAAGACCAGCAGUCCAAGAACAGUGGCUCUUCUACCAACAGCAGCAACAAUGGGAAUGGCACAGGUGGCAGCUCGUCAAACGGCUCUGUCUACCCUGACCUCACUCCCCUGGAGCCAUCUAAGGAAGUGGACAUGCGUUCCACCUACCAGAUAGAGAACUUCGCCCAAGCCUUCGGGUCUCAGUUCAAGUCUGGUCGCCGAACCCCACUUGGUUACGGUGGCGACCCGCGAGUGGGUGUUGCGGAGGUUGACCACAGGAUACAGCGGACUCCUGUGUCUGAAUUCUCAGGGUAUACUAGUCUGUUAGCAGAUGUCAACGAGCCAGCUAGCUCAGGAUCCAAAACCCCCACAAGCCAAAGUUACAGGUAAAGGUUAAGGGAGCACACCUGACCCUGUUAUGUGGGAUGAGGACUGUCUCCAAUGCUUCCCUCGCCUCGCUGAUUAAAACUUUUAUACACUGCCCUUAAAUGUCAGUAGAAGACGUUACCAGGGAAGGUCUUCAAGACCUCAAAUGCAAUUUUUCAUGUUCUUCUUUUUAAUGUGUUUUAGUCAUUUUAUUUUAUUAGCGUAGUGAUGUAAGACUAGAUUUAAAUGAAAUUUCCAGUGAAAUUAGAGGCUAGCGAAGGACUUUUUCAGAAAUCUUGUAUGUCUUAGCAAUCAUAGUCCAACUGUAAAGUUGAUUAAGUUAAAAAUGAAAGAUGAUUUACAAUAAUAACAGAUGUCAGGGAGUGGCCCAGUAUUCAAUGGCAAAAAAUGUAUUGUCUGUUACAAUUAUCUAAAGUAUUACUCAGGAAAAAGCAGUAACUUUUUUUUUUUUUUUUAAAUGAGGUGCACUAGCACCCUUUUUUUUUUACAGGUGUACUUUUCAAAUGACAGUGAAGAUUCUUGUUUUAGAAAUUCCUUGAAGAAAAAGACAAAGCCAAUCGGGAAUCUGCAAGGCUGGUUUGACGCUGGAGACUCUUUCCACUUCUUGUGCGUUUGUAAAGUUUGUGGUACUUCUAAUAUCAGUGUGAAAACACUUUCAUCCCUAAGGCCCUUGUUUAAAACACGCAAAAACAUGCUGGUUGUCAAGUAGGCAGAUAGAAACAUUCAAGCAUAUGUAGAUAUUUAUUUGUAGCUACAUGGAACUACAUAACUAUUGUCUCAGGGUGAGCAGUAAUUCUUAUUCCAUUGUUUAAACUUUACUUUUUGUCAGCUGACAUCACUUUGAUCUCUCAAGGAAUCAAAUAAGCACUUUUAUAAACCACCGAAAGCAAGAGUUCAGAUUCAGGACACACAAAACUAUUAUUUUUUAUGAAGAAAGCUGUGAUUUUUUUUAAAAAAAGUUAGGGAGGGAACUGCAAAUUUGCCAUAACAAAAGGGCAUUUUUGAAUAUUCAUUGGGGGUACAGGUGGUAUUUUGUUCCUUUUAUUAAAAACACUGUUUAUUGGACAUGAAUGCCACUUUUUUUAUUAUUGUUGUGGGCUUCUUUGAAGCAUUUUUGCUCUGAAGGUGUUCAGGUAUCAUGACUACUUAAGUUGGGCUGAGCAGCAACAAUUGGAGUUCUACCUCUUAUUGUGUAGUUUGAAUUUAAUGCCUGACAAAAUUGCAAGCUUCCCAUUUAAAUUAUUGCAGGUAGAAGAACCCAAUGAAUCGGAAGGACCUAAACCUGUGGUGUUUUUGUUGUUGAAUGAGCAGUGAAUUAGAGAAGGACUUCAUGUUGAGACGAGGUGUUUUCUUUCCAAUGCAAUUUUUGAUGCCCUUGGAAAGUUUGGUGGGCUUCUUUGUCUUCCUGUUUUUUGGCCCAUGCAGCAAGACUGUCUGUUGUGAGGCCUUUCUGUGAUCUUGCCCUGUUUUUAUCCCCUUGCCUUUUUACGGAAGCCUGUCCCAGAGAAAUGCUAUUGCUGUGAUGGUGUCAAGAACAAAGUCUAAAUGCUGCACUCCAAACUUCUUCCAUGCUUUUAUAAAAUGAAAAAAAGAGUGGCGUGAAUAGUAGGAUUGACCUUAAUAUACCUCAUAUCAUUGUAAAAAUGAGAAAACCAGGGACAUGUUUCAUGUAGUGGAAAUACUGUAAUAUGUGUCAGCUUAUUGUAUAAUCAUAUAAUGCCACCUGUGUUUACAGUUAAAGCUUCUUUGUUGGAAUACAAAUGUAAAUUUUUUUUUUUUUUUUUUUUUUUUUCCUGUUAAGCAGUCAUGCCAAGCAGUGUUUCAUUGUAGAGUAAUCCGUAGACUUUCAUGAUGUCUCAUAUCUCCCUUGUUUUUGUUACUUGCCGUAUGUUUUGAUAUGAUUUCUAGAGAGACUUUGUUUACAAUAAUGUACAAAAACACUAAAAAUGUUUGUUUUUAUUUUCUGAUGCAUGAUAUAUCUAUUUUUUUUCUUUUAAUGGCUUUCCUCUGGUCACUAUUGCACCAAAUGUUUGUAGCAUAUAUUGUCCCUACUUUCUAGUUUUGUCAGGUUUUGCCACAGGGCUGUACUUGUCAGAUGACUUUAUAAAUGAUUAGGUAAGCCAAUAAAAACAUUUUGUUAUAAAACAAA